UUCUAAACUUUGAACUAACGUUACUUUGCCGAUGAAUCUGUGCGAUUAGCAAAGGGAAUGUGGAAAAAAAUAAUUUCGAGUCGUGGAGGAGUAAAUUGAAAAUGAAUUUUAAACGUGUAAAUCGGCCGUCGUUGGCAUCGGUCGUUUGUCCUUCUGUCCAACCUAAAACGCAAAAUGACGGAUUACAAAUUGGAGGAAUACUUGGAAGGAACUGCAAUUAAAUACAAUAUUUUUGUCGAAGUGAUCAUGUAAUGGAAGAAAACAGAGGAUGGACUCCUGUCCUACCACCAGAUUCUUCUGCAGCGGUGUGGCACAGUAAUCCAGUCAAACAGGAUGUUCCCCUCCAUGGCCCGACAGAUCAUCCUUUUAAUCCCAGGAUGCAACACUCCGAGUUGUCGGCGAGCGACGCAUCCAGCUGCACCAUCCAGAGGCAGAGGAGGGAGAUAAAGCUGCUGAUGGCGGAGCUGAAGGAGCGCGAGUGCGAGCUCAACGCCACGGCCGCCUCCCACCAGAGGUGCCUUCGCGCCUGCGAGGGCGACCGUCGCCAGCUGCUGGAGUCGGAGCAGAAGCGAUCUCGACUGGAAGAGGAGCUGCAGAAGCGCAACGAGGUGAUCCGAGCGCUGACCAAACGGGUCCAGCUGGUGGAGGCGCGGGAGAAGGAGGUCCGCAAGGAGCUGCGUGCCGCUCUGCAACGGAUUGAGGAGCUCCAGGAGAACCAGAAGCACAUGAGGCAUACAUGUCAAGACUAUGAGGAGAAGAACCACAGUCUCAACUCCAAAGUCAUGAUUCUAACCACUGAGGUGGGCUCUCUAAAGGUCAAAGAGGAAGAGCUGUGUUCAAGGCUCAAAAUCAAGGACAAAGAUGCGAGCGAGGCCUCUGGUCACGUGGUCCACCUGACAGGACGUCUGCGAGAGACGGAGGCGGCGCUGGCCGAGAGCCGCUCCCGAGAGGCCGAGCUGCUGAGAGAGGAGGAGGCCAACCGACGGCGACUGAAAGAAGCCCGGCGCGACAACGCGCGCCUCCGUGAGGAACUGCAGCAGCAGGUGACGCAGGGCAGCGCCCAACGGGAGGAAACCAUCCGACUCAAACAGGAAGUCCAGCUGCUUCGCCAGGAUCUGGCCUUGUCAGGGGAGGGCGACAGCUGGAAAGACGAACUUCUAGAACUGGCUCGCUCCAAACAGGACCGCGCCGUGUCAGAGCUGCAGUGCCUGCGACAGGUGUAUGAAAGUCAGAGGAAUGAACUUCAACUCCUGCACGUCAACCUUGAAAGCGCCCGAGUGGCGGUGAGGAAGGACCAUCAUGGCAGCCAAGACCUCUCCUCUGAAUCCCUGCGAGGGAAGACGUCGCCACAACCCGACCACCUCUCUUCGCCUGGAAGAGUCCACUCGGGCGUCCUUGCCUCACUCUUGACACACAGCGGCGGGGACGUGUUGUCCGACUCACUGCUACAACAGCUUCUGGAUCACUCCCCAGGAUCUGGGGCCCCCUCAAGGCCAUUGGAGACCUCCUCCUACAGCCAUAAUUGUCAGACGGACCACCACCACCACCACGUCUACACUCCCCCCGCCCAGAGUGCUGAAGCUCCACCCAAAGAGAGCUGCCGUUCAGCCCGGCAGGGGGGAGGGCAGGCUGGGCAAGACUCCCUGACAUUUGAAGACUAAAUAU